CGAAUUCGUGUGUGAUUGAUCCGGGACAAGAAAAUUUAAUAAAAGAAGGAAAAUCUUCAUCCUGGAGUUCCAUUAACCCCGGAGUUCAGAAGGGAAGUGGACAAAUUCAGCUUUGGCAAUUUUUGCUGGAGCUUUUAUCAGACAGCGCCAAUAUGAACUGCAUUGCUUGGGAAGGGACCAACGGGGAGUUCAAACUUAUUGACCCAGAUGAAGUGGCCAGACGAUGGGGAGAAAGGAAAAGCAAACCCAACAUGAAUUACGACAAGCUGAGUCGAGCACUUCGGUAUUACUACGACAAAAACAUUAUGACAAAAGUGCACGGAAAACGCUAUGCCUAUAAAUUUGAUUUUCAUGGGCUAGCACAGGUUUGUCAGCCCACCUCUACUGAGCAUGCUUUGUACAAAUUUCAGAGUAAUUUUACACCUCUUCCAUUUUCUGGGAUUUCUAAACUUAACCUUGUCACGCCAAGCGUCUCUGCCUCUGGGUUUUCAUACUGGACCGGCUCGACGUCAGCCCUGUAUCCGAGUCACAGCCUCCAGCCUCCUGGGCCAUUCACUCCAGUCUCUGCAUCUCAUAUCAGCAGUAUUAAUAAUAUUAACAACAUUAAUAACCACUACCACUGAAUCAAUGCACUGUUCGGUAAGUGGCAUCAUGGCAGAGCCACUCAUGUUUUUCUGACCUUUUUUGUUUGCAGGAUAUCUGAGAGGUAUAAAAUUAUUUCCAGCGUCCUUUUUAUAUUUUAAGGUAAUGCUGAAAUGCAAAUGUUUCGCACAGCUCUUGCUAGUGAGAUUUAGUUGUACAAAGCAAUUGCUUGAAUAUGCAAAUAUUCUAAAAAUUGGCUUUUUCAUAUAUUACGAGUAUAUAAUCAGUGCUAAUAUUUUCUAAAAUAUUAUGUUUAUAUGUUUGCACAUAACACAGUAUUGUAAACUUUUUAUUGAACGUCCAAGUUGGGAACACGGAUUUGCUUUAUUCUGUGCCAAUUCAUAUUGUUCAUGAUUUUGCACUGGAGCAUAAUGGAUAUUUUUUAAUGCAGGGAGUAAUUAUAAUAAUAAAAACAAAACACAUAUUAGUGACGGGGAUGGCAUUAGGAUUUAGUUAAAAGGGUUAUUUAUGUGCUUUUUAAGUUUUGCAUUUUACGCUUGUGUGAGCUGUAGGUGCUUUAAAUGAGUCCGUUAAUUUUACUCUAAUUUGCAGCUCUGAACUGUUCCAAGUUUGUCCGGACAGCCCAGCCACACAGCUCGGUAGGCGCAGGUGUUUGUUCCAAGCAAUUCUUGACGUGAACGGGACAUUUAUCUCAAUUAAACAUGCCAUUAUUUGCUAUUUUAAUCCAGGGUUCAUUUUCUUUGUGAAGGAAUUUAGCAAGUAUGACUAAGCUAUGUAAUGAUUUCAUUGUUUAAGAUAUGUCUAUUUCAUUUCUUUUUAAAAGUCUUCAUUUUUUAAUGAGUUGGAACUUUAGUAAAAUUUAGAUGAGAACAAACCAAUAAAGCGUGCCAACCCUAUCCACUUAAUUCCUCCACAAUAACAUCAAAAAACAUUAGUUCAUAAUCAAAGAAGCAGAAACGAAAAUGAAGUUGCUGCUCCUUCUAUUUACACCCAUGUCGGCUCUUUCUUAACUGACACAUUUCUGAAAAAACAAAAAACAAAAA